AUGGAAGGAAAACCUUGGCCUAUGGAUUCCACCUCAACUGCUACCAAGCUCCUUGAAAAGCGGCGCAUGAUGUAUGAGGUCAAAGAAGAGUUCGACCAAGCCAAAGAAGAAGAGCGCGAACGAGAUGCGGAAUUCAAAGAAAAAGAAAGUUACUUAAGAGCGAAGGAUUUAAGCUUACAGCAAGGCCUUAUUCAGUUUAACCAAGUUUUGCAGGAAAAUGACUUGAAGCGUAACAAAGCCAAGAAAAAAUACGAAGAGGAGCUGCGGCAGAAACGCCAAAAAGAAGAAAGGAUUGAACAGCUAAAUCAUGAUAUCGAGGAAUUAAGUUUCCGAGCUACAUCGCUUGAAAAAGAAGUCACGAAAAUGAGGAAAUAUGAAGACUUCUUGGAAAGAGUCAGAGAAAAGAACCCAGACGAUUUUACUGACAUUUCUGAUAUCCUUGCUCGCUACAAUACUUUAAAACAGUCAUAUGAAGAUUUGAUGAAAAAGAGGCAUCAGCUAGAAGAAGAGCUGCAGGAUAUAAAGUGGACUCGUGAUCUCUAUGAAAAAGAGAAAAAAGACCAAUUGAUGGAGCUAGCUAUCGACAUAGCGAAUACUCAAAAAUCAAUUGAAGAUUUAGAUAUCAUACGAAGUGACUUGCAAAAAGAAGUAGACACUGUGAGCUCAACAGCUACAGAAAAAGACUUAGAGCUUGGCUGCAUGCUGACUGCUAUUGAAAAUUUGUAUCAAAGAUGCAAAACUGAGGAGCCAGGGAUUCAUCAUGAUAGAACCACAAAGGUUAAAGAAACCCAAAAUUUAAAUGACUACAAUUAUAGAGCGAAAACUGCAGUCUCCAAGCUAAAUGCUAUCAAAGCUUACAUAAAGGAUAUUGAAGACAUUUUGGCAGAUGAAAGAUCAGUUGAACUAUUGAAAGAAAGCACUCAUUCCUCAAUUGAUAAGGGUGGAGCAACUAAAACAGAAGCUUAA